AUUGAACCCUAAAUCAUUAUGUUCCCAAAAUCAAAAUUUCACUCCUCGAGAGUAGCGAGAAGAAGAAGGAGAUGAGCAAGAUCCGUUCGUCUGCGACAAUGCCACAUCGCGACCAGCCGUCACCGGCGUCGCCUCACGUCGUUACACUCAACUGUAUAGAGGAUUGUGCGCUCGAGCAAGACUCCCUUGCCGGCGUUGCUGGUGUCGAAUACGUCCCGCUCAGCCGCAUCGCCGAUGGUAAGAUCGAGUCCGCCACCGCCGUUCUCCUCCAUUCCCUCGCGUAUCUUCCACGAGCAGCUCAACGCCGACUCCGUCCUCACCAGCUCAUUCUCUGCCUUGGCUCUGCUGAUCGCGCUGUCGAUUCGACUCUCGCCGCCGACCUAGGUCUCCGACUUGUCCAUGUCGAUACUUCCCGAGCCGAGGAAAUCGCGGACACUGUUAUGGCGCUCAUCCUUGGACUCCUUCGACGGACGCAUUUACUCUCACGACACGCUCUAUCGGCGUCUGGAUGGCUCGGAUCGCUUCAGCCUCUUUGCCGGGGAAUGAGACGGUGCCGUGGUAUGGUUUUGGGUAUCGUUGGCAGAUCUGUAUCCGCUCGGUAUUUGGCUAGUAGAAGCUUGGCUUUCAAGAUGAGUGUGCUCUACUUCGAUGUCCCAGAGGGAGAUGAAGAUCGAAUCAGGCCCUCGAGAUUCCCACGUGCUGCUCGGAGAAUGGAUACAUUGAAUGAUCUUCUAGCAGCAAGUGAUGUAAUUUCGCUUCAUUGUGCAUUAACAGAUGACACGGUUCAGAUACUCAAUGCAGAGUGUUUGCAGCAUAUAAAACCUGGGGCUUUUCUUGUAAAUACUGGAAGCUGCCAGCUAUUGGAUGAUUGUGCUGUGAAACAACUUCUAAUUGACGGCACUAUAGCUGGCUGCGCCCUUGACGGUGCUGAAGGUCCACAAUGGAUGGAAGCAUGGGUGAAGGAAAUGCCAAAUGUGUUAAUUCUACCUCGCAGCGCAGAUUACAGUGAGGAAGUAUGGAUGGAGAUAAGGGAGAAGGCCAUCUCUAUCUUGCAUUCAUUUUUCUUAGAUGGUGUCAUACCAAGUAACACUGUUUCUGAUGAGGAAAUUGAGGAAAGUGAAGCAAGUGAAGAAGAAGAACAAUCACCUAUCAAACACGAGAAAUUAGCAAUAGUGGAAUCCACCAGUAGGCAACAGGGAGAAAGUACUCUCACCAGCACUGAGAUCGUUCAUAGAGAGGCUAGUGAGUUAAAAGAAUCUCUGAGCCCUGGCCAGCAACACGUUUCUCAAAAUACUGCCGUAAAACCUGAAGGAAGACGUAGCAGAUCCGGCAAGAAAGCCAAAAAGAGACAUUCACAGCAAAAAUACAUGCAAAAAGCGGAGGGUUCCUCAGGGUUAAAUGAAGAAAGUACUUCACGAAGAGAUGAUAUUGCUAUGAGUGACACGGAAGAAGUAUUAAGUUCCAGUUCUAGAUGUGCUUCUCCUGAAGAUUCCAGAAGUAGGAAAACACCUCUUGAAGUAAUGCAAGAGUCUUCCCCAAGUCAGCUUGUAAUGUCAAGUAAGAAGUUCAUUGGCAAGUCAAGUGAGCUGCUGAAAGAUGGAUAUGUUGUAGCCUUAUAUGCGAAAGACCUCUCAGGCCUUCACGUUUCCAGGCAAAGAACGAAAAACGGUGGUUGGUUCCUCGAUACUUUGUCCAAUGUAUCCAAACGGGAUCCUGCUGCACAAUUCAUCAUCGCAUACAGAAACAAGGACACUGUUGGCUUGAGAUCAUUUGCUGCUGGUGGGAAGUUGCUGCAGAUCAAUAGAAGAAUGGAGUUUGUGUUUGCUAGCCAUAGUUUUGACGUGUGGGAGAGUUGGAGUCUAGAAGGUUCUCUGGACGAAUGCCGGCUUGUUAAUUGCAGGAAUUCCUCGGCGGUGUUGGACGUUCGUGUGGAAAUAUUGGCAAUGGUAGGAGAUGAUGGUAUCACACGUUGGAUCGAUUAAAAAGGAAAACAGUCUCUCCAUUUGGUCCAGCUAUCUCGUAAAUAUGAUUACGAUCGUCAUCCACGUGGCACUUUAUAUUUAAAGUUGGACGUGGCGUGAGUGUUAGUAGAAUGUCCACAUGG